AUGAGCCGACCCAAUGCCAAAGGAGGGGCCAAGCGCCGUAAGAACAAGCGGGGUGGUGGAGGCAAGGACCCCAGUGGAGUGAGCAGCAUCAGGAACUCCCCAUCUGCAGUGCUGUGUGGCUCCCAGGCCACCGUCAUAGCGGCCCCCCUCUCUACAGCAGUGGCAAACAGCCCCCACAGCGUGAGUGAGUAUGUGGGCAGCGCAGCCCUGGGAGGCUAUUUGGAAACUUCUUUUAACGUCGUCAGCACUCAAAGAACUCCACCCUACCCCGCUGUUGAUUACUGUGUUCUGUGCAGAAAUAAGCGGAAAGAUUCUUCUUUCUUAGAAAGUGGGAUUAAGGCUGCAAGCAAAUUGGGCCUUUCCAUAGCUCCCAAGGGCAGCAGUGUGCCACACAAGCUGCUGUGGGUGUGUCUGCACUGCCAGUGGACCGUGGAGAAAUUGAGGAUUUAUGGCAGCCUGGACCAGUCAGCACAGGGCCAAGACUUACUUGUCCAUGGCUCUCUUGGUGGGUCCCUGGCAGAAGAAGCAGAAGGCGGUAGGCUAGCUCUGGGUGCUCAGCCCCCACCCUUGGACACCGCAUGUGCCCCUGAGGCCUGCAAUAAGCCCAGAGAGAUCUCAACAGAGACAGACCUGGAGUCACAGCAGUUGCAGAACUACUGGUCAGAACUCCGCUACAUUGUUUGCUGCAUAUACCGCGGGGCAGAGACCCCACUGGUACCCGACAAGGAAGGGGUGAAGGAGCUCGUGGAUAGGCUCUGCAAAUCAGACCCCUCCCAGCUGUACCAGCGGUUGGAUCAACAAGCACGAGAUUAUGUGCUGGAGAUGAAGAUAGGCCUCCUGCGGCAGCUAUCGGCAGCAUCCAGAGUGGGAGUGCCAUCCUGCCUGCAAAGUCCCCUGCAGGCCCACCAGUUCAUCUCCCUCCUUCUCAAGGAGUAUAGCACCCUUUGCCAGGCGGCACGCACCAUCAGCACCUUCCUAGUCACUCUAGAAAAUAAACACUUGAAUGCAUUCCAGGUGACAUGGGAAAUGCAUAAUAAACACCUGUUUGAAAAUCUGGUUUUUGCGGAGCCCCUUCUCCAGAGCAACUUGCCAGCAUUGGUGUCACAAAUCAGGCUGGGAAUCACAAUGCCCAGUGCCUGCAGUGAGGACACAUACAGCACCUUGCUACAGCAGUACCAGCGCUUGGAAGAGGAACUGCGCAGGGUCGCCAAGGAAUGGCUGGAGUGCCAGAAGAGGGUCAGCACCUACAUCAGUGAGAAGAUGACAAUGAAAACCAAGUUAACAAAAGACUUGAAGCAUUUUAAACAAAGGCAAUUCCAUGAAGAGCAGUUAACCAAUAAGAAAGCAGGCACUGGUGAGAACUUCAUGGAUGCCAUGAGGCAUGUGCUUUCCUCACCACCAUGUGUUCCUGAUUGCCCCUAUGAUUGCAGCCACUCACACAUCCUCAGGAGUAGCAUCAUGAAGCCUCCCACCAUCAGCAACACCCACCAGCUGCCACUCCAGGUGGGCUCUGCUGCUGACUGUCUCUCUGAGAGUCACCUGCCCAGCAUGUCAUUGGAAAGCUCGGGGCCACAUUCUAGCUCUUCCAUUACAACACAGCAGCUUCCCAGGCUCAUCGGCACAGGCACUAUCUCUACACCAGCUUUUUGUAGUGAAGAUGAGGUAGCUUCAUUGUCAGCUAAAUUUUCUGGUAUUUAUCCAUUCAAUAACAACAAUACCGACGUAGUGAACAACAUGAGGUCUGAUGCUCUGGGGGACCCUGAGGGCCUUCUGCUCAGUGGCUCAACCCUGGCCUUGCCAGCCUGUUACAACCCCAACUGUGAAGGGCAAUGCUGCAAAAAAAGCAUCUAUGACCCACAGCAGGAAGGCAGGGACAAGAGUGCAGACAAAGACAGCUGCUCAGAGCACAGCUCCAGCACUAGCACCAGCAGCUGCGUCUGUGCCUGCGCCUGCACCUGCACCUGCACCAACCAGAAGGAGGGCAAGUAUUGUGACUACUGCUGUGAAUUCUUCAAGCACAGCUGGCCUUCAGCCAUACCAAGGGGCAGGAAUUAUGAAGACAUGAGGGAAAAACUUCGUUUCCGGCUGGCUAAGAGAAAAGAAGAGCAAUCUAAGAAAACGGACCAGCUCUCAGAACAGGAGAGAAUAGUGGAUCAUCGCACAGUGGAGGACUUGCUGCAGUUCAUAAACAGCACAGAGACCAAGCCCGUGAGCAGUGCACGCACAGCCAAGCGAGCAAGACAUAAACAGAGAAAGCUGGAGGAGAAGGCUCGCCUUGAAGCAGAGGCUGAGGCCCAGGAGCAAGUGCAACUCCGAGAGGAGCAGAGGCAACGGGAGCAGAGACAACAGGAGGAAAGGCAACUGGAGGAAGAGGUGGACUUGCGGCUCACAGAGGAAUUUCAGCAGCUUCAGAAGCUUGGAGUUGUGAAAAAGGAGAGAAAAAGUAAAGACUUUCUCAAGUUGGACAUGCUUGGUGGAAAUUUCAAGGCAGCAACAAGGUCUGUGCCUGACUCUGCACACAUGCACAGUGGUUCCCAAGAGCAAACUGAAACACCAAAAACCUCAUCUCACUCCCCUUCCAGACAUGCAGACCACACAGGGCCAGGGGCUCAUGGGGACUCCAGGCUUGUCCUGCCAAAGGAGGUCAGUGGGAAGCAGCAGGAGCCCUUGUCUUUUCUCCUGGACAUAAAGCACCACCACAAGAAGGGUAUUGGCAAAAAGAAGCCAAAACAGGGAUGGAAGGCCAGCAGCGAGCCAACAAGAAGGCCUGCAGAGUUCCUGAGAGCCUCAGAAGGCCAGCCCAGACCCCAGCCCCAGAAUGAGGCAAAGGCUAAAGUUCUUGACCUCACUUCACUGGCAGAGCAGAAGAAAAAGGAGAGAAAAGCUAACAGAAACAACAAUAACAAGAAACAGAUGAACCAGGUCAAAGAUGGGAAGGCCAGCCCAGGCCCCACUGAGCCUGCCUGCCCCAUCCGACAGGCAUACAACAAGCUGGCACUGGUAGACCUCCCUCAACCCAGGGGCAAGAGCAAGAAAAACAGGAAGAAAAAGGAAGACCGAGAUGAUAGCUCGCUUGAUGAUGUCUUUAUGCCUAAAGAUAUUGACCUAGACAAUGUGGAUAUGGAUGAGACAGAGAGGGAAGUAGAGUAUUUCAAAAGAUUUUGCUUGGAUUCUGCCCGACAGACCCGACAAAGACUGUCCAUCAACUGGUCCAAUUUUAGCUUGAAAAAGCCACCUUUGCUGCACACUGAAUGA